CAUUGCCCAGGAGCUAGGGACGGGUCCAGGAGCUGUCUGGAAGCGGGGCCAAAAUGUCAGGCAGUUUUCGGGUGGGGUUAGGAAGCUGGGGAGGAUAAUGGUGGGAGUGGAGCCAAAAGUUUUUCCUUCGACAUGAACGCCUCGGAAGCUGGAGGAGGGGGCGUGACUCAGAGGCGGGGCCAGAAUGGUGACCCGCACGUUGGGAGCGAGGCUAUAGGGUUAAAUUGGAGGCGGAGCCGUAUUAUGUGAUUUUUUUUAUGGGCGGGUCCUGCAGUUUCAUCCAGGUCAGGGGUGGGACCAGGGAAGUUUGUGGAGGCCAGGGGCGCGGCUGUGUGUGGCUGUCAGUUUUCUCUUAUACGCCUCUGUAGAAGUUCUGUCUUCGGCACUGAGUAUCACUAUGGAAGUCAAGUCCGGUCCAGGAAACCCGCUGAAGUGGAUCCUGGGCCUGCUUGCAGAAUCUUUUCAGGCUUGGUUCCCCCGGUGCUACAUUUAGCGUCUGUGAGGGAGACCGCAGCUGAUGAGAUGGCUACCACACUAGAUUUGAAAUCAAAGGAGGAGAAGGAUGCUGAGUUGGACAAGAGGAUCGAGGCUCUUCGUCGGAAGAAUGAGGCCCUCAUACGGCGCUACCAGGAGAUCGAGGAGGACCGGAAAAAAGCUGAAUCGGAGGGCGUGGCAGUGACAGCCCCUCGGAAGAGCCGCUCCAUGGAGAAGGAGAAUGUGGCCGUGGAGGAGAAGGGCCUGGGUCCCUCUCGGAGGACUCCUGGGACCCCCCGGCCCCCAGGGACCAGCAGAGGGGGCCGGACACACCCUCAGCAGGGAGGCAGGGCAGGUGGAGGCCGGACAUCCCGAGGCUGGGAGGAUUGUGCUGGGGAGCAGCUUCGAGGAGGAACUGGGGGUCGGGGCCGGAGAGGCCGGGGUCGGGGAUCCCCUCAUCUCCUAGGGGCAGGAGACAACCCAACCUCUGACCGCAAAUCCAAGGAGUGGGAGGAGCGACGCAGGCAGAACAUCGAGAAGAUGAACGAGGAGAUGGAGAAGAUCGCUGAGUACGAGCGCAACCAGCGGGAAGGGGUGCUGGAGCCCAACCCCGUGCGCAAUUUCCUGGAUGACCCCCGGCGUCGGGGUGGACCCCUGGAAGAGCCCGAGAGGGAUCGCCGGGAGGGCAGCCGCCGGCAUGGCCGCAACUGGGGAGGCUCUGACUUCGAGCGGGUGCGCUCUGGCUUGGAACACGAGAGACAGGGCCGCAGGGCUGGCCUGGGCGUUGGGGGAGACAUGACGAUGUCCAUGACGGGCCGAGAGCGGUCAGAGUACCUGCGCUGGAAGCAGGAGAGGGAGAAGAUCGACCAGGAGCGCCUGCAGAGACACCGCAAGCCCACUGGGCAGUGGCGACGGGAAUGGGAUGCCGAGAAGACGGAUGGCAUGUUCAAGGAUGGGCCAGCUCCUACCCACGAACCGUCCCACCGCUAUGAUGACCAAGCUUGGGCAAGACCCCCUAAGCCUCCCACUUUUGGAGAGUUCCUUUCUCAGCACAAAGCAGAGGUCAAGAGCCGCAGAAGGAGAAAGAACAGCCAACCCCAGGCCAAGGUGGCCCCACGUGCCUAUAGUGAUCAUGAUAAUCGCUGGGAGACGAAAAAGGAAGCUGUGUCCUCAGCCCCUGAGUCCUCUCAAUCCACGCCCCUGGAGGAGGCGCCCACGCAGCAGCCUCCGGAGACCCCAGCCCCAGCCCACCGACCUCCUGAGGAGGAUGGUGAGGAAGAGGAGGGGGAAGAGGAGGAGGGAGAAGAGGAGAGGGAAGAUGAUGAGGAUGAAGAAUGGGAGGAUGUUAGUGAAGAUGUCACGGAGGAGGAGGAGGAGGAAGAGGAGUUUGAGGAGGAGGAAGAGGGUCCUAAGGAGCAGGAAGCCCCAGCUGGUCCCGAUCAGCAGCCUGGAGAGGCUGAGCCUGCUGGGAUGACCACCUGUGAGCAGGCCAACCCUGCACCUGCCGGGCCCCAGGAGUCGCUGUCCCCAGACCCUGUUGAACCUCCCAGCCCCUUCUCGCCCGCUGGGGACCACCAGCCUGUGUCCGACUGGGGUGAGGAGAUGGAACUGAAUUCUCCCAGCACUGCCCACUCGCCUGGUGCCCACUCUGCGGGAGGUGACCAGUCAGCCCUUGCCUCCUUGGAGAGUGGACCAGCCUUGGCAGGAGCCCCGAAGUCUGAAGAAGAGGGGCCAGAGGCAUCUCCAGAGGUGGGCCAUGAGGGCCAGGAGACAGCGGAGAUCACAGACUUCCAGAGGGUGCGUUUCUGCAAGGUGGUGGCGGCUUCGCCGCCGCCGGGGGCUGCCCGCUGACAGCACCAGCCCACCUGGGCCUUGGCACUCCGCACCAACCUCCAGCCGCUUCGCUCCUCUGCUUCUGCUACACUCCGGCCAGGACAGGGUUAAACGUAGGGGGGAGGAGUCAGGCUAGCGACGGGCCGGGGGAGUCCCCUAAGUUCGCUGAGGAGUUGUACGAUACUCGGUUGGUGGAGACCUCCGAGCCAGCCCCUGGGUGUGCCGGACUGCAGCUAGGGCCUGAAGCUCUCUGGAGGAUCUGAAUUAAAUGCGUGCUCCCGCCAA